ACGUGUGUACAGAAAGACUACGUGAGGUGAGGUGGCAGUGGGGCAGUGAGAGGAUAAAAGGAGGAUGCUGCACCACUUCACUGACAGCGGAUCAGGAUCAGGUAGGAGGAUGAGGAAGACUCUGCUGUGGCUGCUGGCCUCUCUGGCCUUCGUCUUCCUGACUUCUCGUGCUGAUGGAGCUCCAUUGGAGGUGAUGUCUGCCCCCAACUUGUUGAGUGUAGGCACAGCAGAAAAUAUUUUUGUGGAGUGUCAGGACUGCACAGGUGCAGACAAAAGGGUGGACAUCAAUGUGUGGAACCAUCCAACCAAAAACCAAAGGCUGGCAACUGCAUCUGUGACGCUUACCAGUAGAGAUAACUUCCAGGCGCUGGUACAGAUAAUGAUCCCUACUGGAGUCUUCAGUAAGGAUCCCAGCAUUAAGCAUUAUGUGUAUCUGCAAGCUCAGUUCCCUGACCGACUGCUUGAGAAGGUUGUCCUGGUCUCCUUUCAGUCUGGGUAUAACUUCAUCCAAACUGACAAGACCCUCUACACCCCCAACAGCAAAGUUCAUUACAGGAUGUUUGCUGUUACUCCCCGUAUGGAGCCCGUGGAGAAGGGUGACAACAACCGAGAGGAUAUUGACAUUGAGAUUGUGACCCCUGAAGGCAUCAUUUUACCACUUGAUCGAGUCUCUUUGAAAUCAGGGAUCCACUCUGGAAAAUACCAACUCGAUGAAAUUGUCAGUCUCGGACUGUGGAAGAUCGUCACGAAGUUCCGUAGCAACCCACAGCAGAGCUUUCAAGCAGAGUUUGAGGUCAAAGAAUAUGUGCUUCCCCGUAUUGAAGUUAAACUGAAUCCUACGAACCCUUUCUUCUACGUGGACGACCAAGAACUCACAGUCAACAUUAAAGCCACGUAUUUGUUUGGUCAAGAGGUGAAUGGGAUGGCCUACGUUGUGUUUGGGGUCAUACAAGAUGGUCAAAAGAGGAGCUUUCCCAGUUCUCUUCAGAGAGUGCAGAUUGAGAGAGGUGUUGGAGCUGUCACGCUGAGGAGAGAGCACAUCACAACGACCUUCGGAAACAUUGAAGAACUGGUGACGAAAUCCAUAUUUGUAGCUGUCAGUGUGCUAACGGAGAACGGUGCUGAAAUGGUGGAGGCAGAGUUGAGAAAUAUUCAGAUUGUCAAAUCACCUUACACCAUCCACUUCAAGAAAACUCCCAAAUAUUUUAAACCAAGAAUGACCUUCGAAGUUGUGGUCGAAGUUGUGAAUCCUGACAACACUCCGGCACAAGGUGUUGCUGUUGUGGUUGAACCAGGCACCGUGAAUGGCUUCACCGCAAACAAUGGCAUGGCAAGGCUAACAAUCAAUACAAGGGACCCACAACUAACGAUCACUGCAAAGACGAAUGAUCCUCGUAUUUCCUCGAACAGACAAGCAUCAGCCACCAUGAGAGCUCUCCCAUAUAUUACCGAAAGCAACAACUAUAUCCACAUAGGUGUGGAUUCAGCUGAUGUAGAAUUAGGAAAUAACCUGAAAAUCACCUUCAACCUCAUCAUGCAGGAAAGUCAUGACUGUGACAUCACAUACCUGUUCAUGAGCAGAGGUCAGCUGGUGCUAAAAGGCCGAUACAAGACAAGAGGUCAAGUGCUGAUCUCCCUGAUGGUUCUCAUUACCAAAGACAUGCUGCCAUCGUUCCGCAUCAUAGCCUAUUACCACACAAAUGAGAAUGAAGUGGUAUCAGACUCUGUUUGGGUGGAUGUAAAAGACUCCUGCAUGGGCUCGCUGAAGCUGGAACCAUCGAGACCCGCUCCAUCCUACGAGCCUCGCAAGAUGUUUGGUCUGAAGGUUACAGGAGACCCAGGGGCCAUAGUGGGACUGGUGGCAGUGGACAAAGGCGUCUAUGUCCUUAACAACAAGCACCGCCUCACACAGAAAAGGGUGUGGGAUGUUGUAGAGAAGUACGACACAGGUUGCACACCAGGUGGAGGGAAGAACGGUAUGAGUGUGUUCUACGACGCAGGGCUGCUGUUUGAGUCCAACACGGCUUCUGGGACUCCCUACAGACAAGAAUUGAAAUGUCCGGCACCGAGCAGAAGGAAACGAGAGACUACAAACAUGGAUGUCAGAACCAGCUUAAGUGAGGAGGAUGACAACAGUUACAUUGACAGCAAUGACAUUAUUCCUCGCACCAAUUUCCCUGAAAGUUGGCUGUGGUCAUAUAUCACACUUCCUACUUGCCCUGGACAAAACCCAUGUGAUACCACAUCAGUGAUUAAACAUGUUCCACUGCAAGACUCAAUCACCACCUGGCAGUUUAUUGGCAUUAGUCUUUCAACUACUCACGGAAUCUGUGUUGGUGAUCCGUUAGAGGUAAUUGUCCGGAAGGAAUUCUUCAUUGAUCUCAUGCUGCCAUACUCUGCUGUCCGGGGAGAGCAGCUGGAAGUUAAGGCAAUCCUGCACAACUACAGCCCCGAUCCUGCAACUGUGCGGGUUGAUCUGAUUGAGGAGGAUUCUGUGUGCAGUUCGGCUUCAAAGCGUGGAAAGUAUCGCCAGGAGGUCCGAAUUGGGGCUCAAACUACACGAUCUGUGCCCUUCAUCAUCAUUCCCAUGAAAGAAGGAGAAUUCCGCAUUGAGGUCAAAGCUGCUGUUAAAGAUUCGUUACUAAAUGAUGGAAUUUGGAAGAUGCUGCGGGUGGUGCCUGAAGGUGUACUAGUAAAAGAUCCUAUGAUUGUAAUUCUAGACCCCACUAAUAAAGGUGUAGAUGGUGAACAAAAAGAAAUUCUCAACAGUAGAAUUUCCAUGAGAGAUUUGGUUCCAAACACACCAACACGCACACUGAUCUCUGUGACAGGGAGAGAACAAGUUUCUGCCCUCGUGGAGAACGCUGUUAGCGGGAACUCUAUGGGUACUCUAAUCAGACAGCCCUCUGGCAAUGGAGAGAAGAACAUGAUGAGCAUGACCCUACCUGUCAUUGCAGCCACAUAUUUAGACAAAACCAACCAGUGGGAAACUGUGGGCUUUGAGAAACGUAAUGAAGCCCUCCAACACAUCAAGACUGGCUACAACCUAGAGCUUGUCUUCCGGAAAAAUGAUGGGUCUUUUUCUUUGUUUCAUCUAAUCCCAAGUAGCACCUGGUUGACGGCCUAUGUUGUCAAGGUGUUUGCCAUGGCAAACAAUCUGGUAGCAGUGCAAAGCCCACACAUCUGUGAGGCCAUCAAGUUUCUGAUUAGCAACGCACAGCAACCUGAUGGCUUAUUUAGAGAAGUUGAAAGAGUGAUCCAUGAAGAGAUGAUGGGUGAUGUGCGUGGCGCAGAUUCAGAUGCCUCCAUGACGGCCUUCUGCCUCAUUGCUCUGCAGGAGUCACGAAUGCUAUGUGCUGCCAGUGUUGGUAGUCUACCCCGUAGUAUAGAAAAAGCGGUGGCCUAUCUGGAAAGGCGUCUGCCAAGCCUCACCAACCCAUAUGCUGUUGCCAUGACAUCAUAUGCCAUGGCCAAUGAAGACAAAAUGAACCGCGAGAUCCUCUACAAGUUUGCUUCCCCGGAGUUGAGCCACUGGCCGAUGUCUAAGGGACGUGUCUACACACUGGAGGCUACGGCUUACGCUCUUCUCGCUCUGGUCAGGGCCCAGGCUUUUGGAGAUGCCAGACCUGUUGUGAGAUGGUUCAAAGAACAGGAGAGAGUUGGCGGAGGCUAUGGAUCGACUCAGGCCACCAUUAUGGUGUACCAGGCUUUAUCCGAGUACUGGUCCAGUGCUAUAGAACCAGAAUAUGAUCUGAACGUGUUAAUGUUGUUGCCGGGCAUGUCAAGGCCUGAAAGGUACAACUUCAACAGGGAAAACCACUAUGCCACAAGGAUGUCUAAAAUCAAUGAUAUCAACCAAAACGUGACAGUGACUGCCAAGGGUUCAGGAGAAGCAACAUUGAGAAUGGUGUCGCUGUACUACACUCUACCUAAACAAAAGGAAAGUGAUUGUCAGAUGUUUAACCUGUCAGUGCAGCUCAUCCCAGAAAAAAUGGAUGAGGACGAGAUGAUAUACAAGCUGAGGAUAGAAGUGUUGUUUAAGGACAAGGAAAGAGAUGCAGCAAUGUCAAUUUUGGAUAUUGGCUUGCUAACCGGCUUCACCGUUGACACAAAGGACUUGGACUCAUUGUCCAAAGGACAUGGGCGCACCAUUGCAAAAUAUGAGAUGGACAAAGUCCUGUCAGAAAGAGGCUCACUCAUCAUCUACCUGGACAAGGUUUCUCACACACGACCAGAAGAAAUCACUUUUAGGGUUCAUCAGAAGAUGAAAGUGGGCGUCUUACAACCAGCGGCUGUGUCUGUCUAUGAAUACUAUGAGCAAACACAUUGUGUGCAGUUCUACCAUCCAGAGAGGAAAGGUGGACAGCUACUGCGGCUCUGCAGAGGUGAUGAGUGCAUAUGUGCUGAAGAGAAUUGCAGUAUGCAGAAGAAGGCGAACAUCAGCAAUGAUCAGCGCACAGCUAAGGCUUGUGAGAGUAUACCAACCAGCAAAAUAGAUUUUGUGUUCAAAGUGAAACUGGAAGUGUUUGAAGACGGUUUGUCCACAGACAUUUACACAAUGCGUGUACUGGAAGUCAUCAAAGAAGGAACGUUUGAUGUGGGUCUUCUGAAUGAACUUCGCACAUUCCUCAGUUAUCUGCACUGCAGGGAGUCUUUAGAUUUGGUUGUUGGCAAAACGUACCUUAUCAUGGGAUCAUCAGAUGAUAUUCACAGUGAUGAUGCACAUCAAACGUAUCAGUAUGUACUUGGAGAAAGAACCUGGAUCGAGUACUGGCCCAUAGAAGCUGAGUGUCAAGCUGAUGAACACAGACCUACCUGUUUGGGCAUGGAGGAGAUGGUUCAGCAUUACAACGUCUUUGGAUGUCAGCUGUAGUGAAACAUAAGAAAAUACAUUGUUUUUGGAACUGUUUUUACAUUAUUCCCAUCUUGUACAACUUUCACUGCUAUAAGAUGUAUUGACUUGCAAUGUUGUAGUGCAUUGAUUCAAAUACAAGUAUCUUAAUCUCA